AUGGGAGUAGGGGUGAGUCCUCCCACGGAGGGGCGGGCUCCUGCACCGCUGCGCUUCCGGGACCGGUGCCACCGGGACCUGUGCCUGCACAGUAGCGGCUACAUGGCACCAGCGGGAGGCCCGCGGGUCGAGAAGGGCAUUUUGGAGCAACUGGACAGCGGGGAGGUUGUGGUGGGGGAUGGCAGCUUCCUCCUCACUCUGGAGAAAGGAGGCUUCGUGAAGGCAGGGCUCUGGACUCCAGAAGCAGUAGUAGAGCAUCCAAGCGCAGUUUGUUAGCUUCACAGAAAAUUCUUGAGAGCAGGAGCUGAUGUCUUGCAGACCUUCACCUUUUCUGCAACUGAGGACAAUAUGGAAAACAAGUGGGAAGACGUAAAUGCAGCUGCCUGUGACCUGGCCAGGGAGGUGUCUGAUGAAGGGAAUGCUUUGGUGGCAGGGGCCAUCUGUCAGACAUCACUGUACAAAUACCACAAGGAUGAAACUAGAAUCAAAAACCUUUUUCGAGUACAGCUAGAAGUUUUUGCCAGGAAAAAAUGUGGACUUCUUGAUUGCAGAGGCCUGGAGCCCAGAGUUGCGACCAGAUGGGAUAUUCAAAAAUAUGCCAGGGAGGCCUACAACCUGGGGUCAGGUACAUUGGCGGCUGCUGCGGAUUUGAGCCCUACCACAUCAGGGCGAUUGCGGAGGAGUUGGCCCCAGAAAGGGGAUUUUUGCCACCAGCUUCAGAAAAACAUGGCAGCUGGAGAAGUGGUUUAGACAUGCACAGCAAACC